UUUAGCUCCACGUGUUUUCAGUGAGUACGAAUAACUUCGCCGCGUGUCCGCGCGCCCGCGUGUCUGCGUCUCCGCGCCGUGUAAUGUGUUUAUUGUUUACUGGACGGCUGAAAGCUCGGCACAAACACCGCUUCGAUGGUGCCAAACCCGACUACCAAGGUGCAGAGGAAGAAGAGAAAUAAUGCACCAAAGCAGCGGAAGACUAAUGAGAGUCUGAGAACGAAGGAGCAGCAUUGGCAGAGCGUCAUCUCCAAGCUGAACAACCUCCUGCAAACAGCCAAGAAUUUAUCCAGGGAGGACAAACUGUGCAUGAAACCGAAUGACGGCAAAGGCGUUACGAUCAGUGGUAAAAAGAAGAAGUUGGACUUUUGGGGGAAAAAGGCUGAGGAAAGAAAGGCCUGCAAGUUAAAAGCAAAGAAAGAUCAAGCUCAGUCACCUGCACAGAAAGGUCAGGCUCAGUCACCUGCACAGAAAGGUCAGGCUCGGUCACCUGCACAGAAAGGUCAGGCUCGGUCACCUGCACAGAAAGGUCAGGCUCGGUCACCUGCACAGAAAGGUCAGGCUCGGUCACCUGCACAGAAAGGUCAGGCUCGGUCACCUGCACAGAAAGGUCAGGCUCGGUCACCUGCACAGAAAGGUCAGGCUCGGUCACCUGCACAGAAAGGUCAGGCUCCGUUACCUGCACAGAAAGGUCAGGCUCGGUCACCUGCACAGAAAGGUCAGGCUCGGUCACCUGCACAGAAAGGUCAGGCUCGGUCACCUGCACAGAAAGGUCAGGCUCGGUCACCUGCACAGAAAGGUCAGGCUCGGUCACCUGCACAGAAGACAGUUAAAGGAAUGCCUUUUAACAAGCAAAACAAACAGAACAACGUAAAAUGGAAAAAAGGAAGCUGGAAUGGAAACCAGAGACGUCGGCAUUUCACAGAAGAUAAGAAAAAGGUGGAAAAAGUUAAAGAAGAUUGGGAGACGACAGGCACCCCCCUGGGAAUGAGGGAUGUGGGGGUUCCAGAAAAGCAGGAGGUAAAAAAAGAAAUGGUGCAGGAGAUGAGUGAAGGAGGUGUGGAAAUGAGGGAUGUAGGAGUUCCUGAAAAGGCGGAGAAGAAAAAAAUCAAGAAGGAGCUCACAGAACAAGGGGUGGAGGACACGAGUGAAGGAGGUGUGGAAAUGAGGGAUGUAGGAGUUCCUGAAAAGGAGGAGGAGGAAGAGAAGACCCAAAAAGUCAAAGAGGAAGGGAGGGAGGUCAACAUCAACAAGGAAGGUGUGGAAAAGAGGGAUGUGGGGGUUCCAGAAAAGCAAGGUAAGAAAAAGAAGGUAAAGAAGGAGCUCAAAGAGAAAAGGACAAAGCAGAACCAUGAAGGAGGUGUGCAAACGAGGGGUGUCAGAGUUCCUGAAAAGAAGAAAAAGAUGACGAAGGAGCUCAAGGAACAAAGGACGAAACGGACACAUGAAGGUGUGGAAACGAAGGAUGUAGGUGUUCCUGAAAAGGAGAAGAAAAAGACCCAAAAAGUCAAAGAGGAGGAGGUGGAGGUAAACAUCAACAAGGGAUGUGUGGAAACGAGGGAUGUGGGGGUUCCAGAAAAGAAAGGUAAGAAAAAGAUAAAGAAGGAGCUCAAAGAGAAAAAGAUGAAGCAGGCGAGAGAUGUGGAAACGAGGGAUCUCGGAGGUGAAAAAAAAAAGAAAAAAAAGAAAAAGGCGAUAAUAGCAGAGGACCAUGAGGAAGGGAUUGAGGCUACCAUGAACAAGGGAGGACAGGAAAAAAGAAAAAAGAAAAAGAAGUUGGAGAAAACGGCAACGAUAGAAGGGGAAGCCAUGGAGAUGGUCGUUGAGGCAGAUGAAGAACCAUCGCAAGAAGAAGUGAAGAAGAAGAAGAAGAGACCGAAAAAAGAAGCACCAGUAAUGAAGACGGAGAUGGAUGUAAUGGAGUCUCCAAAGAAGAAGGUAAAGGAGAAGAAGAAUGAAAACAAAGUGACGAGUGAAGAAAGCAGAGAAACGGAUGUCGCACCAGGAAACGUCCGAAAGAAGAGGAAAGCUAAAGGAAAAUCAGAGGAAGACUGCACAGACGGAUCAGACGGAAAGAUGGAAACCAAGAAGAGGAAACGGAAGAGGAAGAUGACGGAGCCAGGAGAUGAAGCUCUGGACAGCAAGGAGGUGGGCGGAGAAACAGAAGCAGGAAAGAUGAAAAAGAAAAGGAAAAAGAAGACGGAAGCGAGCGUGAAACAAGAGGAGGCCGAGGCGCCUGAAAGAGAACAACCGAAGGAGAGGAAGAAGAUAAAAAAGAAACCGUCCAGCGUGGAAGAAGAACACGGUUUAUCGUCUCCUGGAAAAGCGGAGGGGAAGAAAAGUAAAGAGAUGAAAAAAAGGAAAAAAAGCACCUGCUCUCCUGCUGCAGAAGAGAUCGUAAACAGACUCGUGGAAGAUCGGCCGAGAAAGAAACCGAAGAAGAUGGCAAUGACGGAAAGCGCUGAGGAAAAAGAUCAGCCGGAGAGAGAGGGAGACGGCGGUGGAAAUGUCUCUCAGAACGGAAGGAAAAAAAAGGAAAAGCAAAAGAGGGAGACGGAGGAGACGAAGGGAGCUGGUGACAGCGCGUUAAUGAUAAAGGCCAUCAGAGUGAAGGUUGAGAGAGAAGCGGAGGAAAUCGUACAUAAACGACCCCAUGAUGUUGUGUUCCUGUCUGCCAAGACAGGAAAUCAAGACGAGAUCUCCAUCGACCAGGCACGGAGGUUAGCUUUGCAAAGAGACAUCGAUGAGGAAUCUAAACCCAAGUCGAGGUUUGGCCAGUGGGACACUGCCCACUUUGACAGCUCGGACAAACAGAUGAAGUUCCUUCGCCUGAUGGGCGGCUUCAAGAAGGGCAGUCCGCAAAUCACACUGAACAGUGGUCAGUUGAAUACGAACAUGGCUCUGGGAAAGGAGGGCCAGAGGACUUUACAGCAAGAUCUUCUAGGAGAGUUUGAACGUGCCCAGAACCGCAGAAUGGACUUGCAGAACAAAGGGGCGGGGCUGGGCUUUACAGCACCGUCCAAGAAAAAGUUUACCAUUGACAUCAACACUCGACACUCGGUGAGAUUUGAUGACUGAGGUGGCAAAGGAUGGGCCUGGGAGAUCUGUGCUGCAAGGCUGUCCUACCGUAAAGAGACUGAAUAGCAAGUUCAGUUGAGAACCUAUGUAGGGAAUCGGCUCCAGCGAGUAAAUAUUUAUAUUCCCUUUUUUUUUUUUAAAGAUUUCACUCUGGAAAUAUUGUUUCUGUAAUUUUAUCCAGCCAGUGCCAGUCAUGUUAAAUACGGACAUAGUCUCGUUGUUCACCUGUUUUUAGGCCCUGUAUCUGGACCGAAACUGCUUUUAUGUUAGGCAUGUUGGUCUCAGUCGCUUGAUUCUGAGCCCCUGCCUCAUCCGUUUUAAGCCAGAUUCAUCCAAUCAAGUGUUAUUUAUCUUCACAAAACAGACCCCUAAAGCUGUGUCCUCAUUCUGUAGUCGGUGUCAUGGCCAUAUUAGGAACUCCAGGUCUAAAGACGGUUUUCUCACACACCUGUGGUUCCAAACUUCUCAUUCUUCCCAAGUUUUUUCCUUAAUUUGUUUCUUGAGAUAGGUCCUAAGAAAAAGCUUACAGCAGAUUCAUGACAUGUUCUUAAACUGCAUAACUGUUCUCACCUUGAAUGUAUUGAUUCAGUUCUUACCAAAGAACAAAUCGCAGAUAAGACGACAUUGGCGAAUAGCCAGAGCUUCGUAACAACCGACACAAGUGGGUUUUAAGACUAAAGUUCUUAAGAGCGGCUGGUGAACGAGGCCCGAAGUUUCCACCAGUUAACGAGGCAUUUAAUGAAUUGAAAUGGGAAUAUUACGAGCCAGCACUGCUGUGCGCUGAAUUAACGUCUAAGCCUACCAAAGCGCAUAAACCAGCAAGCUUUGCCAAGUGUGGUUAUUUAGAAGCUCUGGUAGCUCUUUAGACCUCAGUUGGAGUAGCUGGUGUUGCUGUAUAAUAGUGUUGGAGUAAACGGUCACGUUUCAGUGUGAUGUUACUUCAGUGUGCAUUAACGUUAAAUUGCUUGUAGCAUGGCUGGUAAAUGACCUCAAGAUCAGAGGAUCUAUAGACAUUCAGUAGAAAAAGGACAAAAAAGGAUCAACUUUGUAAUCUUUAUCUGCACCUCAGGGCUCUGAAUUUUCAAAAACCCGACUGUAGAUUGACGCACAACGUCAUGCAUUGGUGUAAAAUAAUUCAUUUACAUGUGUUGCCACUAACGCAGGUGCUGCUGAGUGAUGAAGCAGAUGACUUGAGUUUUUUUUUUUUGUUUUUAAACUGCUUUUUUUAAAUAAACGAUCAAUCACUGUGAAACUGUAUAUAUUGAAACACGAAGUGAAACCAGCUUUAUUCAGAAUAAACACUUUAUUGUGGCUCUUGUAAAUACAGAGUAUGUACAGGAAUGAAAUGAGGAGAAAGGGUGAAAAGUUUACAAAGCAGGACCAAAAACAUGUCUGAGAAUAAAAGAGACGGGAAGCAUCUCUGA